AACCCCGAAACCGGGUCCCCCGCGACGUCACCAAUGCGUGACGUUGCCGCACGGCGCCUCCCCCUGACGUCACAGGCAGAAAAUGGCGUCAAGAGCAGACUCGGGCAAACUUCAAACUAAAAAAAAAUUUUUGUUUACUUUGAUCCAGAAGUGUUCACUACCUAACUGUAGUCCACUGGCAUGGUUUUAGGGAUCGGCACCCUAGUGGCUGUAUCCUUUACCGAUGAAGAUGGUAUUUCAAGGAUCCCAGUGACUGUCUCCUACAGGCCCCCGCAGCCCUGACGUUUAGGGCCUCCCAGACGGUGGAGGGAGCAUGGGCCCACCGUGGUCUCAGAGGUCUCGUGGGAUCGGUUUUCAGUCCCUAGUGCCACCUUUCAGAGAGAGGUGAAGGAGUUGAGAUUUCUUCCUCAGUCUUCAGUCUCUGGAAGACUCAUGUUCGCUAUUUUUGACCACUAAAUUUGACCACACAUUCUGUGGCGGUGGCGUAUAGUGAGGCCACACACGAGGUUUUAGUUUUGGGACACUGGCCCACGCAGAGAUGCUGCUGUCGGUCACUUGUAGGACCGUUUUUUGAAGCGUGGCCUUGGCUUGUUACACAACAUGGGGAAUUUUUUUUUAUCUUUCUCAUUGUUCCUGUUUUUAAUUAAGCUGCCUCCAGUUUGGAGCUGUUUGUUCCCAGCUCAGUGACCGGACCCAGGAGAUGGCACUACCAUCACUCCUGGGACUCCAGAGUUUGGUGACUUCUGCCUGAAUGAGGCUGACAGUGACAGUGGUUCUUCACUCCCCUUUGCCCCCACAGCAGUGGGCCUAAGUGCUGACUUGGGUCUUGAUAGUGCUGUGACCAGGUUCAGGCACUGUCAUGAUUGUGGGCCCUUAAUGCAGUUUUUGGAGUAGGGUUGAAAGAAAGCACAGUAGUGUUUUAAUGGAUGAGAUUGAAUGGACCAUGGCCCGUAAGUUAGGACUUGAAGAGUUUGGAAAGUCCAUAGUGUUUGGGACAUUACUGCUUUUAGGACAUCUAGAAAGACAGACUAAACCCAAGGAGAUCACAGAUUUCAGAGUGUGCUGGUGUUAUACAUGUCUGUGCUUAAAUAGAUUCAUUUGUUUCUGAAGUCUGAAAGCUUUAUACCAUAUGUAGAGGUUCAUUUGUCGACUUAGAUGAAAAGUUCUGUGUGGUUAAGUUAUCCCUGCUCUGUACUAGCACCCAACAAAGGGCAAUUUUUGAAACCAGAAGCGUUUCAUUUGGAGUUAACUGCAGACUGUAAAAAAUAGUGAAGAGCUUUAUGACACUUAGAAAAUUUGUGUAGAUUUGGCAGCCAAAAUGAAAGGAACUGAGUUUGUAGAUCAAAAACUUCCUUUUAGAACCAUUUUCCCCACGAUAGGCCAGAUAGCAUAUAUUAAAAUCAGCCUUGUUCCUGAUAUUUUGAAGCAUAUACUGUUACAUACUGAAUAUCUAGAAGCCCCACAAUAAGGUAUGACUAAUAAGAUUGAAUCUUUUUAUAUACGUAUUAGAACAUUAAUUCUCUAGGUGAGAAUAUAUUUAAAAAUAGACAUGUUGGUAUGCUGGGUACUUUUACAAAUUUCCUUUGAAGUUAAGUUAUAAACCACAUGAAAGAGUGGUAACCUGAUAGAACAUUAAUUUUGAUCAAGGGUCAGCUCCUCCAUUUGAGCUUUGUAACUUUAGGCAGUUCACAGAAUCUCAGUUUUUUUGAUCUGUGCAUUAGAUCCAAAAUCUGCCUAUGGCAUAUGUUACUGUUGAUUGCUAAAUAAAUGUUAGGUGUUAAGAGAUUGACUUCAGUGGUUUUUAGGUAUACUUAUUUGAUUUUGGUUUGAUUUCCAUUUUAAGCCUUUAAUUUGGCUCCAAGUAAAUUUUAUUGUUUGGCUCUUUCCAAGAAUCUUAACCUCUGUAACAUGUUCAGCACAGUGCCUAGCAAUAGUAGGUAGUAUAAAUGUUAGGUAUAAUGGUUAGUCUUAUUAAGUCAUCAGCAUGGGCUGUGGACUCAGGGCAACCAGGACAGCAUGAUUAGAUGAUGCAGUAGCUGCUUUAAAGAGGACAAAGCUCUUGUGGAUAUGAAAGUCUGAUUACCACUGGCCUCCUUGCAUAGAAAUUCUUCAGAUUAGUUGAGGUUUUUUUUUUUUAGCUUUAUUGAAGUAUAACUGACAUAAAAUAAAACUGAACACAUUGAAGUGUACAAUUUGCUGAGUUUUGAUGUGUAAACACCAUGAAACCAUCAAAUUUCCAAAAUGCCCUUUUGUAAUCCUUUCCUCCUAGCCCCUCUCCACCUGUUCCUAUCCCUAGGCAACCACUGAUCUGCUUUCUGUCACUACAGACCUGUGGUGGACAGACUUGGGAAAGACGAUUGCUAGAUGUGAAAACUUGGGGUAGGUAAGAAGUCUUACCUGCCUGCCUAGAUAGAAAAGCUUCAACGUGGAACUGGUUGAGCCUGCCUUAAUUACAGUCUUUCUGAGUUAUUUAAGUUCUAGUUGAUACUGUACAAAAAAUGCUUAAUAAUGAAUCCCUCAUUAUUGAUGUUUGGGUGGGGGAAGAACUUAGGGCAAAUCUGCAUUAUUCUGGUGUUGCUUUGUCUUGUUCCUAAUUUUUAGUUUUGCAUUUUUACUUUUUUAUUGAAAAUAUGUGCCAGUUUAAAUUUAAACCAAUUGUUUAUUCAGAAUUUUGAACAGUAUAAUGGAGGCCAAGUAUCCAUUGUAAAGUGAAUAAUAAUUUUGAGUACCAACAUUUUCUCUUCACAGGACAGGGUCUAUAUUGUAUUUUGUUUCUACCUAGAUAUUCAGUUUCCUUCUAGACCCUUGACCUUUUCUAAGCCACAAAGCAGAACUAGUUCAGAUCUGUAAGAUGCAAAAAUAAACCUAGGGUAAGCAACAGCCGGUAAGAUCCCUUUGGAGUUCAAGAAACAGAACUGUAUAUCCUGAGGUCUGUUUCUUGGAGGGGGGAGGGGAUGUGGGGUGCUGGAAGGGAGGAAAAAUAUAGAUGAGGUUCUUAUGUAUUGAUAUCCUCUCCUCAGAUCUGCUACAAUGGCAUCCGAUGACUUUGAUAUAGUGAUUGAGGCCAUGCUGGAGGCUCCUUAUAAAAAAGAGGAGGAUGAGCAGCAAAGGAAAGAGAUUAAAAAGGACAGCCCUAGCAACAUCACCAACAGCACCAGCAGCACUGGCAGCAGUGGCAGUGGUACCAGUGGGAGCAGUGCCAGUGGGGAGGCAAGCAAAAAGAAGAGGAGUCGGAGCCAUAGUAAAAGCGGGGAUAGAAAGCGCAGUCGUAGUCAAGACCGAGACCGGGAUCGUCAUCGGCGGAGAAGCAGUCGGAGCCGAAGUCGAGAUCGGCAGCGUCGUCACCGCAGCCGAAGCUGGGAUCGUCGACAUAGCAGUGAGUCACGAAGUCGAGACCGGCGUCGAGAGGAUCGUGUGCGCUACAGGAGUCCACCGCUUGUGGCUGGGCACAAGUACGGACACAGUAAGAGUCCUCAUUUCAGAGAGAAGAGCCCGGUCAGGGAGCCUGUUGAUAAUCUGAGUCCUGAGGAGCGUGAUGCCCGCACUGUGUUCUGUAUGCAGUUAGCUGCCCGCAUUCGGCCUCGAGACCUGGAGGACUUUUUCUCUGCAGUUGGCAAGGUUCGCGAUGUACGUAUAAUCUCAGAUCGAAACUCACGUCGUUCUAAGGGAAUUGCUUAUGUGGAAUUCUGUGAGAUCCAGUCUGUGCCACUAGCCAUUGGGCUGACGGGUCAGCGGCUGCUAGGAGUGCCUAUCAUUGUACAGGCCUCACAGGCUGAGAAAAACAGACUGGCAGCCAUGGCCAACAACCUGCAGAAAGGCAGCGGUGGACCGAUGCGUCUCUAUGUGGGCUCCCUGCACUUCAAUAUCACCGAGGACAUGCUCCGGGGAAUCUUUGAGCCCUUUGGCAAAAUUGAUAAUAUUGUCUUGAUGAAGGACUCAGAUACUGGCCGCUCUAAAGGUUAUGGUUUCAUUACGUUCUCUGACUCUGAGUGUGCCCGGCGGGCCCUGGAACAGUUGAAUGGCUUUGAGCUUGCCGGUCGACCUAUGAGGGUUGGCCAUGUGACCGAGCGACCGGAUGGUGGCACAGACAUCACUUUUCCUGAUGGAGACCAGGAGCUGGAUCUGGGAUCAGCAGGUGGACGUUUGCAGCUCAUGGCCAAAUUGGCAGAAGAGUCUGGAAUCCAGCUGCCAACCACGGCGGCUACUGCCGCCGCCGCCGCCCAAGCUGCUGCCUUGCAACUGAAUGGAGCAGUUCCUCUGGGGGCCCUGAACCCAGCAGCUCUGACUGGUCGACUUGCACUUGGGAAAGGGGGAGAAGAGUGGGGCCUGGAUGGCAGGAAUGCCCUGUGCUCACUAACUCCUCUCUUUGUUUCAGCUCUGAGUCCAGCGCUGAACCUCGCCUCCCAAGCAAUUGCCUCCCAGUGCUUCCAGCUUUCCAGCCUCUUUACUCCCCAAACCAUGCCAUCCUGAGGGCAUGAACAUUGAUGGUGGGGGAACUGGGGCCCCCCCCUUAGACACCAAGAACAGCUCCUGGCCACGGCCCCACUGGGAAGGGACUCUGCCGAGCAAAGCUGCUGGUUGAAGAGAACAGCAUCUGUGUUGGCGUUGGCCAUCUGUUUCUCUGUGUACGUCGUCUCCCGGGAUGACCUUUAUUGCCCUUUCCUACCACCUCUCGGUGAUUCCUCGAUUCCUCCCCUGUUGGGAAGGCUAUAGGGCAUUAACCGAAGGAACUAACUGCUCUCCUCCUAUACCUUUACCCUACAAUCUGCCAGGGGAAACCCUGAAGACCUCUGGUCCUCGAGGACUUUGGAGUUUGAGGGGGCGAACCUUGAAGGUGCUGGCUUGCUGCUACAAGGACCCUGGAAGCUAGCACGGACACGUGCAUGGGGAUGCCUGCCUUAGACUUCGGGGCCACAGUUAACUGCUGGGGGCUCAGCAUCCUCCUGGGAGGUGUGGGAAUGAUCUGCCCUGCCAGCUGUUUUGAAUGUCUUCGGGGCAUUCGGGAGUUUAAUGGAAGAUGCGGUACCUUUCCAGUAUCUUCCAUCUUCCUUUGUAUAGUUGUCCUUCCUUUGGCCCAGGGUUGGGGGGAUGGAGGGGAGGCUGUGUCUCUCCACCUCUUCCUUGUGCCUCUGUAGACUGGGCUCAACCCCAGCUGUUAAAGCUGCUCCUGUUCCCUAGCUGGGCACAUGUGAGCCCUUCUCACUGGAUUUUAUACCCUAGUGUCUGUGUACAUAAAUUUUAUAUAUAUAUAUGUGUAUAUAUAUAUAUAUAUGUGUGUGUGUGUGUAUAUAUAUAUGUAUAUAUACGUAUACAUAAAAACUUUGUACAGAAAACAGGCCCCUCUGUUGUGGCUGCUACGCAUGUGAUCUCAGUCCGUUGGGUGUGUCUGUCUGAUGUUAACUUCUCAUGAGCCAAAACCAUGAGUGGUUCUAGGAAUAUAAAACAUUUCUAAUGCCA